GGCCUGUUUUAGGUGCCUCACCCUGUAUAUUUGUACGCGCUUAUUUUGCUGAUUAAAUCAAUAGUAAUAAUCUCACAAUUCUCACAUUGAAUAUUUAAAUGUACUGUUUCAAUCGGGAGCGCUUUUGAUUUUUUUAUGGAAGCCAGUAUCCUCAGCUUUCUCGAAAUAUUGGCUGUUUAUUCAUCGCGACAGGAUAUAACGUAUGACAAUACGUUUCAGUAUAAAUAAAAAAGAUAAUUUUAGCAUAGUCGUAGGUCGUGGCAGACUCAGCUAUGCCAUUUCGAGUCUUUUAAACGACACCUUUAUCAAGCAAUAUCUUGAUGGAAAUACUGCUUGAUACAAGAAGCAUCUUGAUAGAAAUGUUACACAUUUUAUACUGCAAAAGCAGUUAAAUCUGCAAAUACGAUGCACUUAGCACGAUUGCUAUAUAAGGAUAGGAUUGUGCGUUCGAUGCUUGCCAUUCCUAUUUCGAAAGUAGUUUUCUGCAGUUCACAAAGAGAAAUAUGUCUACCGCGGCCAUAUGUAUAAAAGAAUCCCUCGACAAAGGAACAUCCAAUGUAUUCGGCGAGAGAAACGGCAUUUACAAGCUACUCUCAUUCGAAGAGGUGAAGAAGGUGGCGAAACGCGUAUUGAGUGCCGACGUUGACCUGAUAAAGUACACCAUUCGACCGUACUCCGACGGGAAACUUGGAUUUCUCGGCUCGCAUUAUCGCCUGUGCGUGGUAGCCGGCACGCAUGGAGGCAAGGCAAUCGCCUUCUCGCUCUUCCUCAAGGCCGUACCGUACGAAGUGCCGGAUCAAGCCGAGUACGUACUAAAGAAAGGAGUCUUCAAGCAAGAGACGAAAUUCUACAGCGACAUAAUGCCGCUGCUCUGCAAGGGGUACCGAGGCCAACCCUGGGCGCCAGCGUGUUACAUAGUGAAGGAAAACCUGAUAGUCUUCGAAGAGCUGUGCGGCAAGGGCUACUCGAUGCGGGACAAGCUCUUUGAUGAGACACUGGUGCGCGCGGGUCUCAGCGCUAUCGCGCGGCUGCACGCGGCCUCCCUGCUGGCAGAGUGGCAUCUCGGCGUGCCCUUCAACCAACUGUACCCGGACGCCUUUGAGGAAAGGGCCUUCGUUCACAAAGGCAUGACGCGAGUGUGGUUCGAGGCAGGCGUAGACGCAGCCGCGGCUGUGGCCGAGCAUUUGGGGCGCGAUCCCGAUCUUGUGCGGUCAGCCUGCGAGCAGGUCUAUCACGCGAUGAGGCCGUCAUGCACAAAGGCGAACGUGGUCAGCCAUGGAGACCUCUGGGGCAACAACCUCAUGUUCAACAACGACAUCCCGCCCAAGUGCCUGCUGGUGGAUUACCAACUGCUGCGGUACUCGCCGUUGGCGCACGACGUGGCACAGUUCCUGUAUCUGUGCACGGACCGCAACUUCCGAGAGACGCGAGAAAGCGCGAUGCUGCACCACUAUUACGAGACCCUAUGCGAAACCUUGAACGCUCACGAGAUCCGUGAUGCACGAAGGCCCGCCUGGUUGGAGGUGGUCGAUGGUAUGGAGGAACAACGUCUGGCCGCCGUUAUCACCGCGGUAGUCUACUUCCCCACGGUUCUGAUGGACGAGGAACUCGGCGCGCGAGUCAUGAACGAUCCAGCAACCUACGCCGAAUACUACUUUCGAAACAGGAAGGAGUUUGUUCUUUCGAACAUGAAGAAAGACCCGUUGUACGAGAGGAGGAUCAGCGAGGCCGUCGUCGAAUUGGCCGAGCUUGCCUCGCGACUGGAUCAAUUACCGAAACCGUCUUAAAGCUAGAUAUGCGAUUCGUACAACUGAUUCACACACGUUUGAAUGUUUUAUUAAUGUCUCGUAAUGAAUUAACAUUCUGUACAGCUCACAUAUUGUCCACGCAGCUCAUAUUUCAAUUAA